CCUCAAAAUAAAAAUAAAAUGGACCGCGGUAAAGGCAGCGGCGGGUCGAAUAGAUCCCAAAAAAAGGUGCCUCUGGGCGGAGAACUCUUCGCUCUUGGCACCAAAGGUGUUCGCGAUGACUCCAAGUCCAAGAUCUUGCCCAUCAAGUCCAUGUCAUCGGACAGAAAGCGAGAGGCCACUUCCUCGCUGGCCAGUUCAAGCAAACGGGCCCGGGUGAGCCUGAAGGAGCCGGCGGCGGGUACCACGGACAUAUCCUCUGGCAGCAGCCAGUGCGAGUCCUGGGAGCAGUUUGCCAUAGAUUGCGAGCUGGACAACAUCAUCGAGGCGAUAUUCGCGGCCCUGGAGCAGAACGACAACGAGACGGUGGGCCGUCUGGUCUGUGGUGUUAUAAAACAGACGUCUACGAGCUCCUCUCGCUCCAAGGUGGACAAUAUCGCUUUUCUGGCUCUGACCUACGUGGCCAAGCUGCAGCCGAACAUUUUCAGCACAGAUAUCGUGGCCUGCGCACUGUUAUCCUUUCUGCGGCGAGAGGCGAACGUAAAGAUGCGCUACAACACCAAUCUGCACAUUCUGUUUGCCAACCUGCUGGCCCGGGGCUUCGUGGACAUAUCCCAGUGGCCAGAGAUAAUGCUGCGCACAUAUAUAGACGAUGCGGUGAACGAGAGAUACUGGGCGGACAACGAGCUUUGCGCUCCGUUGGUAAAGAACAUAUGUGCUGCUUUCAAAACUCGCACUCCCCACAUCAGUCUUUUGCGCUGGGACGUGAGCUCGACGGCCAUUCCCUCGGGAGGGGGCGGCGGCCCUGGGCACAGAGACAGCAGCAGCGUCAUUGUGGACGACGAUUCUGGGGACAAUUCAACGCAGAGCCUGGACGCCAGUCCCUUGAACGCCGAGUCCGAGCCCAUUUCGGAUGCGAUGUGCACCAUCAAAGCGAGGUUUAGCGAUGCCGUGGUGCAGAAGCACGUCAGCGAUGCCAUUCGCGAUCAGCUGAAUAAGCGGCAGCAGCAGGAUAACUACACGCGGAACUUCCUCAAGUUUCUCUGCAGCACGGCCGGCAUCGCGGAGGUGCGAUGCUUGAGCAUCUCCCGGCUGGAGCUCUGGAUACACAACGGCAAGCUGGUCAAGUUCGCCCAGCAGCUGCUCUCGUACAUCUGCUUUAACAUAAAGGGAAGGAACACCCAGGACAACGAGGUGCUCCUGGUGCUGGUCAAGAUGAGGCUCAAAACGAAGCCGCUGAUCAACCACUACAUGUCGUGCCUCAAGGAGAUGAUAUACCUGCAGCCGGACAUCCUGAGCACAGUGAUGAAGCUGGUGGUUCAAAAUGAACUAUCCAACACCAGGAAUCCGAACAACAUGGGGAUGCUGGCCACAAUGUUUCAAACAUCCUCGGAUCAGUCGGCGGCCAAUCUAGCCGAGAUCUACCAGGAGUUUCUGCUGCAACGGGACGACUGUCUGCGGACUCUGCGUGUUUUCCUGCGGGAACUUGUGCGGAUGCUGCGAUUCGAUGUGAAUUUGGUCAAGUUUUGCAAGACCUUUCUGAGCGAGCGGGAGGACUUGACCGUGCAAAUAGAACAGUUCGAGUUCAAGGAGCGCAUCUUCCAUUCCACGGUGGACAUUGUGUGCCUGUGCAUGUUCCUGUCGGCCACUCCGCAGGCGCGUGAGGCGAGUCUGUCGCUGAAAACCAACAGGGACACGAAAAACAACCAAGCUCUCCUAAAGCUGUACAACCAAAUGUCCCAGAUCCAGCUGGACACGGUGUCCUGGAUGUACGAAACGGUGCCCACUAUCUUUAAGAUUGCGGCAGCCGAGUAUCACCAGGCGCUGCACAAGCUGCUGCUGCUGGACAGUCCGGAGCAGUAUUCGCGCUGCGAUCAGUGGCCGUCGGAGCCGGAGCGCGGUGCUAUUUUGAGGAUCAUCUCGGAAACACCCAUUCACGAGGAGACUCUUCUGCGUAUCAUACUGAUUGGCAUCACCAAGGACAUUCCCUUCUCCAUAGCCAACACCUUCGAUGUCCUGUUGCUCGUCAUCAAGCGGGUCUCGGGAAUGAAGGCCACUAAUAUACCGGCGGUGCAGGCCAACAAGUUCGACAUCAUUGACUUCCUGUUCAGCAUGUCCGAGUACCAUCAUCCCGAGAACAUUCGUCUGCCGUCGGACUACGAGCCACCGAAGCUGGCCAUCAUCGCCUUCUACUGGAAGGCCUGGCUGAUCCUGCUCAUGAUCUCGGCCCACAAUCCCUCGACCUUUGGCGCAUUCUGCUGGGACCACUAUCCAACGAUGAAGAUGCUAAUGGAGAUAUGCAUAACGAAUCAGUUUAACAAUUCGGCGGCCAACAAGGAUGAGCUGCAGAUAAUCACCGUGGAGAGGGACCACAUCCUACAGUUUGAAACCUAUCUGGCCGCCCAGACAUCGCCCCAUGCUGUGAUCACCGAGGAGACGGCCAUUCUAAUCACCCAGCUCAUGCUAAUGGAUCCCAUGGGCACGCCGCGUAAGGUGCCCUCGAUGGUGUUGGAUCAACUGAAGUUCCUCAAUCAGACGUACAAGCUGGGCCACUUGUUCUGUCGCUGUCGCAAGCCGGACCUGCUGCUGGACAUAAUCCAGAGACAGGGCACCACGCAAUCCAUGCCCUGGCUCUCGGACCUGGUGCAGAACAGCGAGGGGGACUUCAGCCAUCUACCAGUGCAGUGUCUGUGCGAGUUCCUGCUCUUCAACGCGCACAUCAUCAACGAGGAGAAUAGUCGCGAUGCCGAACUGGUCAACUUCCUGCGGAAUUUGAUAUUCGAUGCGAAUCUCAGCCAUCCCAUCGUCUGCGAGCUUUUGGAUUACAUAUUCCGCAGGCUGUCGUCCACGGUGAAGCAGUCACGGGUUGCCGCUCUCUCGGGACUAAAGAUCAUCUUCAAGCAGCACUCGGGAGACUUUGAGAACGAAUGGCUGUUGAAGUCCAUCCAGCAGAUCCCCCAUUUCUUCGAGGUGAAGCCAUUCAUCAUACCGCAGCUGCGCGCUGCCUGCCAGGUGGAGAACUGCCCGGAGCUGAUAAUGGCGUACAUCCAGUUUAUUACUGCCCAUACGCUGAACGAUCCGGUGAACGAGAUGCUGGACCAUGUGAUCGAUAUGGCGCAGUUGAUCGUGGAGCGCAGCACCAUGUUCCAGCACAUCAUAAUUUCGCAAGAGGACUACGACUACGUGCCCGACGAGAACCGCAUCCAGACCCUCAAGUGCCUGUUUGUCAUGUUCAACAAUUACAUCAUCAAGCUGCGGGAGUACCAUGAGCCGUAUGAGUGGACUGAGUACCCGGAUCUGCUGAUGGUCCAGUUUGACGACGGCGUCCAGCUGCCCCUGCACAUAAACAUCAUUCACGCGUUCAUUAUACUGCUCACCUACUCGAACAGCAAUAUGCCCGAGUCGAUACCGAUUUUGGAUUACUGGUUCCCGCCGGGGCGGCCGGCGCCCGUGGCCUACCUGCCCAGCAUGCCCCAGGAGCAGGUGCAGCUGCUGCCCGACUGGCUGAAGCUUAAGAUGAUCCGUUCGUCGGUGGACAGGCUAAUCGAGGCCGCUCUGAACGAUCUAACGCCCGAUCAGAUCGUGCUCUUUGUCCAGAACUUUGGCACCCCGGUCAACUCGAUGUCCAAGCUGCUGGCCAUGCUGGAUACCGCGGUGCUUGAGCAGUUCGAUCUGGUGAAGAAUGCCAUCCUGAACAAGGCGUAUUUGGCGCAGCUAAUUGAGAUUCAGCAGGCUCGUGGAGCGAAGAACGGGCACUACACUGUCCAGGCGCUCGAUCUGCACUCGCACUCGCAGACCGUGCCGGAUCUGCCCAAGAUCAAUGUGGUGAUCCAGGAAACCGUGGAGAUAGGGGAUUACAAUCCAUUGGAGAGUGCCCAUUGUCCCACCGACCGCCUGGUCACCCAGGAGGUGGCCCAAACCAUACUAACACAGCCCGAUCAGUUGACCAUUGGCCGGAGUGCUGGCCGAUCGUUGAUACAGCGGCUGUUGGAUGUGCUGGUGGUUACGCCCACCACAACUAGCAGCAAUCGAAGUGAUCUCGUGGCGGCCAUAACCGAGGUGAUAGCUUCCGGAUGCGACAACAGGCCCAUCAUAAUGAGCCGAAAUGUUUGCACCUUGCUCAGGACCUUCUUCAGCUGCAUGCUGCACAGCGACAACUACCACAUCCUCGAGAACACUCUGCAGAAGAACUUUAGCAUCUUCAGGCACUCCUCCAGCCCGAUGCUGCGGCAAACGGAGCUGUAUCACCAGAGCCUGAUGUUCAUGCUGCGCAAUUCUCGCGAGAUUUAUGUGCAGCAGUUCAAGGCGAACAACGCAAUGAUGGCGCGGAAGAGGAUCGUUCGGGGCAUCAUCGACAGCUUCGAUGACACCAAGGACUGCAAAGUCCUAGUCGCAAAAUCCAAGAGCGAUCAGCUCUUUUACAACGGACUCUUUAUCGACUGGCUGUCGGAGGUGGAUCCCGAAAUUGUGUCCACUCAGCUGAUGAAAGAGCACUUUCUGUUCUCCAAGUCCUGCAGCGAGUUUCGCUUCUAUCUGCUGUCCCUGAUCAAUCACCAGACCAAUUGGGACACCAUCGAGAGGAUUGCCGAGUAUUUGUUUAGGAACUUCCACGCGGACUACGACUACGCCACCGUUCUCAACUAUUUCGAGGCACUGACCACCAAUCCGAAGCUUUGGAAGGGUCGCGAGAAGUACAUGUCCAAGAACGUGCGACCCGACGCCUUCUUCCUUCUUAAGACCACAGAGCUGGAGCCCUUUGCACACUUCAUCCUGCACGAAGGCCUCGCCGAGAUCAAGGUGGACAGCAAGAACUAUGACUUCAAGCUCUGCUCCCGCAUGAAUCUGCUGUUCAAGCUGACUGAGAAGCGCAGAGACCUCAUGGUCAGAGUGAUGGAGCAUGUGGAGGAGAGUGCGGUGUCGGAUUAUCUAAAGUUGCAGGUCCUGCAGCAGAUGUACAUCAUGUAUCCACGAAUCAAGUUCCUCCGGCCGAGCAAGACAGGCGAGCAGUCCUACAAGCUGCAGAACCUGAAGGGAUGCCAGGCCGACAAGGUUUUUAAUAAUCUGAUAACGUGCCUGGGCAGUCUGGUGGGCAAGAAGGACUUCGAGACCCUGUCGACGGACACGGAGCUGCUCCUGCGGAAGCUGGCGGCCUCCCAUCCGCUGCUCUUCAUGCGCCAACUGAGCGUUCUCUCCUCGAUUAUGCAGGGACGGGCACAAAUGAGCAUGAAGGCUCUGCGGGAGGAGCACCACUUCCAUCGGUUCGUGCAGAUCCUGCGCACGCUGGAGCUCCUGCAGCCCACGAUCUUCGAGGACACGUACAAGCACGAAAUCCAGAACACACUGUCGUGCUACUUCAACUUCUUUAAGCACCACAGCUCCGUGAAGGAAGCCUACCAGAUGCUGAACAAGUUCGUCCAAAUGCUGCAGGCCUACAUCAACUGCAACCCUUCGAGCGCCCUGCUUUUCAUCGAGCAGUAUGUCGGCAUUCUUAUGGAGCUGGCCGCAAAGUACACCUCGCUGGGUAAGCUGCAGGUCCUGGUCCAGGCAGUUGCCCUGUUGCAGCACAAGUCCAGCUCCGCCUCGGAGCUGGAUGACGAGGAGGUGGCCAAAAACGAAUACGAACUGGACGAACAGUCCUCGUCCUCAAAUACCAAGCCCGUGGUGGUGAUCGAUGAGCCCAUGGACCCGCCGCCAGCUCCCCUGGACACUCCUAUGAGCGGCAACCGUGGAUCUUCGUCCGUUCUCACCCUGAGCUCGUACAGCAGAUCAAACUUCACAGACAUAUCGCCGCACUUCCUCGAUCUGAUCAAAAUAAUCAAGUUGUCGAACACCGAGGACGUGGUUCUGGGUCCCAUGCAGGAGCUAGAGUGCCUCACCUCCAAGCGGUUCGUGUUUAUCAACGAGUUGUUCGAGCGUCUGCUCAACCUAAUAUUCUCGCCAAGUGCCCAAAUCCGUUCCAUCGCCUUUAUCAUCCUGAUCAGGCAUCUGAAGCACAAUCCCGGCAACUCGGACAUCAACUUGUGCACCUUGAACGCAUACAUACAGUGUCUGCGGGACGAGAACUCCUCGGUGGCAGCGACGGCCAUCGAUAACCUGCCGGAGAUGUCGGUGCUGCUGCAGGAACACGCGAUAGACAUCCUGUCUGUGGCCUUUUCGCUGGGCCUAAAGUCGUGCCUGAACACCGGCCACCAAAUACGGAAGGUCCUUCAAACGCUAGUGAUCCAGCAUGGCUACUAAGUGAUCAGAUUUUAUUAGUAUUCCCCGACAUGUGUGUAGUUUAAGCAGUAAAAUGAUAUGUUUAUCUUUUAUAAAUAUUAAAUGCGUCUUCGAGUCAAGUUAAA